GGGUGGAGUUUUCUACCCUUUAAAUGUCUAUGUGGCCAGCUGUCAAGCUAACUUUUUGCUUUAAGUGCCAGAAUUAAUUGUAGAGAGAGUAACAUUUUAUUUUAGCCACAGUAAGGAUAAGCCUGGAAGAGGGGGGGAAAAAAGCAGAAUGGAUCACAACGAAUCGACCAAUAAUGUUGACAAAAUCCAUCAAAAUCGACUAUCAAGCGUUUCAGUAGAUGAAGAUCAAGAUGCGGCACUGACAAUCGUGACUGUCCUAGACAAGGUGGCUACGAUAAUAGAUGGCGUCCAAGAGAGUCAGAAGAGAAUAGAAGAGCGGCAUCGCUUAAUGGAAAAUACAAUCAAAUCUGUCCAGAUCGAUAUGUUGAAGCUUUCUCAGGCACACAGUAACACAGGCUAUAUCGUGAACAAGUUGUUUGAGAAAACCCGGAAAGUCAGUGCUCACGUGAAAGAAAUAAAAGCUCGAGUGGAGAAGCAUAGCCUAAAUGUGAAGAAGGUGGAAACCAAGCAAGAAGAGGUGCUGAGAAAGAACAAAUUUCGAGUGGUUAUAUUCCAGGAGGAGGUCCAAUGCCCUACAUCUCUCUCUGUCGUUAAGGAAAAAAGUCUGCUUGAGAAUACAGAAGAAGAUGAAUUCUGCCUCCCGGAUGAUCUCUCUUCUGAUGAAGAAUAUGAAAUUGAAGAAAGCAGAACUGCCCAGCUUAAAAAGUCAGGAAAGAAGCGUAUUGAUGACAUCAAAAAGGCCUUCUCUAAAGAAAACAUGCAGAAGACAAGACAGAAUUUUGACAAGAAGGUAGAUAGAAUUCGGACUAGAAUUGUGACUCCUGAGAGGAGAGAAAGAAUCAGGCAGUCAGGAGAGAGACUGAGGCAGUCAGGAGAGAGACUGAGGCAGUCAGGAGAGAGACUGAGGCAGUCAGGAGGAGAAAGACUGAAGCAAUCUGGUGAAAAAUUUAAGAAAACCAUUUCUAAAGCAACUCCAACGAAGGAAACUUUCAAGAUGCAUCUCCAUAAGAAAGGCAAAGAAAGAACCACUGCAGAAGGCCAAGAGGGCAUUCAGGAAAUGGGAGUAGAUAUCAUUAGCAGAAGUGAGGCUGAGGAACCUCUCAAUGAGCUCUACACGGAAAUGACAGCUACAGCAGAGAAUGUACAAGGCAGAGAAGUCUAUCCUCCCCAAGCAGAGGAGGAAACCCAGAUUCCUAUGGAAAAUAUAGUUCUGCAACCCCCCCAAAAAGGAAGUAAUGAGGAACCCCUUUUGCUAGAUUUAAAACAAUCAACAUAAAAGAAAACCAAACAGCCCCUGAUUGUGUGUAUCAGCUUCAUCAAACAAUUCUAACCAGAAAAGAUAGCAAUGUUUAUUUUUAAUAUCUUAUAAAAAUAGAUAAAUGCUUCUAUUUCAUUCAACGUGUUCCGGGUUAUCAGUUAUGUUUUAAUAAGCCCAGCAAUAAAAGAAUUGAGUUUUUAUUGGCAUUCUCCCCCCUCAUCGAGGAAUAAAAUCCCAAUAAGUGAUGAA